AUGUCAAACGAAACAAAUCCUAUGAGAAAUAUUAAGAUUGAGAAACUGGUUAUUAAUAUUAGUGUAGGGCAGUCAGGUGAUAGAUUGACACGUGCUGCUAAAGUUUUGGAACAACUAACUAAUCAGAAACCAGUAUUUGGACAAGCUAGAUUUACUGUGCGUUCUUUUUCAAUCCGUAGAGCUGAAAAGAUUUCAUGUUAUGUUACUGUACGCGGAGAGAAAGCAGAGGAAAUAUUGGAGAAGGGUCUGAAAGUUAAAGAAUAUGAAUUGAGACGAAGGAAUUUUUCAGCCACUGGCAAUUUUGGAUUUGGUAUUGAUGAGCACAUAGAUUUAGGUAUUAAAUAUGACCCUAGCACUGGUAUUUAUGGGAUGGAUUUUUUCGUUCAAUUAGCACGUCCAGGAAACCGUGUUAGCCUAAGAAGAAAGUGUCGUACUCAUAUCGGUAAACAUGGACGUGUUACAAAGGAUGAAGCAAUGAGAUGGUUCCAAACUAAAUAUGAUGGUAUUAUUUUAAAUUAA